ACCCCCACUUACAUCGCCUGGCCUGCCAACGAAGACUAGCCGCCUCUCCCGCUUUCCACACCUGUCGUCUUCGUCUCCUUCCCUGCUCCGCCUGCGAUUCGUCUCGUGGACGUCUUCUCCCUCGGUAUCUCUCGCUGCUUCCAUCUCCUUGGGUUAAUUAUUGCUCGGCCGCUUCCGAUCCUGAUCUGAAUCCUGAUCGAAUCCCUUGGAUGCGAUUUUCCAUGGAGUAGCAGGAUUCCGCCGUCAAAACAAUUUAACUUCGGAGGGUUUUGAGUGCUGAAGGACGAGACUGGUACUAGAUCUUGGAUGGGGAAAGAUGUGCCUCAAAUUGUGAAGGAUCCACAAAAGUAUGCUGAAUUUAAGGCCAACAGUUCAAUCUGUUCAGAGCUCACAAAGAUCUUAGACAAAAUCCAUUUGCUUCUUCCUGCAAUAGAAUCUACUCGACCAGGAUAUAACUCUGGGAUACAAGUGUUGUGCUCUUUAAACAAUCAAAUUGAGAAAGCUAAGCUACUUCUUCAGUAUUGUGCUGAGUCCAGCAAACUCUAUUUGGCAAUAACAGGGGAAGCAACUUUAUCUAGAUGUGAAAGGAUAAGGAGCUCACUAAUUCAUAGUUUAUCUCAAAUGCAAGGCAUGGUUCCUCCACCAUUAGCAUCUAAGAUUGCUGAAGUCGUUGACUAUCUUAGAGUUGCUAAGUUUAUCAUGGACUCUCAGGAAGAAGAGGCUGGCAGAGCUUUGCUAGAUCUGUUGCGCCAGACAAACUUCAGUGAGGAUUUAGAGAUCAAGACUUUUGAGAUUGCGGCAUCAAGAUUGAAUAUGACAUCUCCCAAGGCCAUUUUAAUAGAGAGAAGAUCCUUGAGAAAGAUGUUAGAUAGUUUGAGUAAGUCUGAUUCUAAAAAAGAGAAGAUUGUGAAUUAUUUUCUCUACCUUCUGAAUAAGUAUGGGAAGAAUGUUGGCCGGGAUAAUAGUAAAAUUUCAAAAACAUGCACAGACUCGGUUGGAAACUUUAGUAGUUCAGUAAACAAUGGUGAUCCUAGUGAUCCAGCUGAUGAUUCAAUUGUUGGAUGUCAAGCUACGCUACCAACUGAAAAAUUCUCAAGCACAUACUCUGUUAUACAUGUUAGUAGUUCAGAACACAAUGGUGAGCCUACUGAUACAGGUGCUGCUGCAAAUAUUCGAUGUCAAGCUGCAGUACCACCUGAGGAAUUCUUUUGUCCUAUUUCAUUAAGACUAAUGUACGAUCCUGUAGUUAUAGCUUCUGGACAAACCUACGAAAGGAUGUACAUAGAGAAGUGGUUUCAUGAUGGGCAUGAUACAUGUCCAAAGACUCAAAGGAAGCUGGAGAAUUUUUCAAUGGUACCAAAUUCUUGUCUGCAGGAACUAAUUACCAACUGGCUGAAGAAAAAUAGCAUUAACGUUGUAGGGCCAUGCUCUGGCUACAGUCCUGCAGAUUAUCAUUCCUGGGAAGCAGCAAUUAAUUAUUCAAUAUCAAGCCUGAAUGAUGUUUCUGCUGCACUUUUAGAUGGGAAUACUGGGCGCUAUUUUCUUCAGAAUGAUUACAGUGAUGUUUCAUUAGUCUCAUUGUCCAGCGUCAGCAACUGCUCAAAUUCAUCCCAUGUUAAUAUCACUGAGAAGUUGAAGAUCAAUCACACUUGCUUGUUCCCAUGGAGUGAUGAUUAUCAACAAUAUCAGUCAUUUUCCAACUUUAAUCAUCAGAUGUUCCUGAGGUUCUUCUGUAAACUCAUGGAACUCCCAACAGAUGUCCAAGGAAAAGCAGUGGAGAAUAUGAAAGCCCUUUUGGAAACCGAUGAGGAGAUUUCACAUGCUAUGCUUGAGAAUGGUUUUGUGGAAGCAUUAAUUAGCAUGAUGAAGACUGAACUUGAAGCAGGCAAUGCACAUGGAAUCAAAAGUGGAACUCAAUUGUUUCUUGCUUUCCUGAAUGCCAAUAGGGUUGACCUCUCAUCCUUGACUGAAGAUGUAUCAUGGUGGUUGAUUUCUUUCCUGAAUUCUGAGCUAAAUGCAGAAGCUUUAAUGCUACUAGAGAAACUGAUUCAGUGUCCCAGUUAUAGAUCCAAGAUGGUGGCAUCUGGCUUAGUGACUUCCAUUAUCAAUCUUUUAGACCCUGAACAUGCUGAGUCUCAUGAACUGUCUUUGAAAAUCCUUCUUGAAUUAUCAGAUGAGAAGGACAUAAAAUCCCACAUUCUAACCUCAGAAUGCUUAUCAAAAUUGGCUACUUUUUUGAUGGAUGGAAAACUUGUAUGUCUGUGCUUAAAGCUUCUUGAGAACAUAAGUAAUGACAAAGAGGGUGCCCAAUUGGUAGCAAAAUCAAAUGUCUGUCUUGCUUCUAUUGCAGAAGUUCUCAGUACCGGCAUCAAGGACGAACAAGAAUAUGCAGUUGCCAUCCUCUAUUCUAUUUGUUCUUGUAGUUUUGAGAAUUCUCUACUAGUCAUGGACGAGGGUGUGGUUCCUGCUUUAGUUGAGAUCUCUGUUAAUGGAAAUUCCAAUAGCAAGGAGAUAUCAAUGAGGCUGCUCCAUCAUCUGCGAAAUAUCAGGCAAGAUGAUCGUUUCUAUCUCAGUCCUGAAUCUAAAUCUGAACCAGCAGAAACCCUUUCUGUCCGUUCUUCAAGCAGACAGUUGUUUUCCAAACCAGAUGGGUUUUUAAGAAGAAAACUAAGAUUCUUCUCAAAACAAAGACCAUUGACUCCUUGUUAACCAUUUGCAAGGAUGUAUAUGGUUCCUGUACAUAUUCCUUAGGUCUGAUCUAGUUGACAGAUAUGCAUUGAUUAAAUUAUGAAGCGUGUAAAGGUGAUGUUUUUUUUUCUGGAAUACAUAUUUGGGAUGUACUCGUCCACAUGUAUUCUUGUACUUCUCUCUUUACAUGAAUGUAUAAGGUUUUUGGUAA